GUGAAAAAAUCACACUCAACUUUUUCCUUUUUUUCCCUUCCGUGUGCAUUGUAACACGGCGAGAGGAAAAAGGAAAAAAAAAAAAACACGGUUUCGAUCCAAUACAAUGGUUCUGGAAGCGACACGGGUCCGGUAGUGUGGUGUACUCGGUGCUGUUUGUUGGAGAAAAGGCUCUGUGUGGGAAAGCCGGGACUUUAGGAGCAGAGAUGUAGUGUGUGUUCUGCAUUGGGAGACUCUGAUGCCUCACCAUGUUACUGUUCCUGCUGUUGGUCCUACAUCCUAAAGCCAAUGCUCAGAUAGACCCAGGACUGUGUCGCUACCCUCUUGGCAUGGAGGAUGGCAGAAUAAAAAAUGAUGACAUCACAGCCUCCAGCCAAUGGUACGAGACGACUGGGCCGCAGUACGCCAGGCUGAACAGGGAGGAGGGCGACGGUGCCUGGUGUCCUGCCGGUCAGCUGCAGCCGUCCGAUGUCCAGUACCUGCAGCUGGACCUCCGUCAGCUCACCUUUGUCACAGUGGUGGCCACGCAGGGCCGAUACGCCCGCAGCUCCGGCAACGAGUUCGCCCGCAAGUACCGGCUCACCUACAGCCGAGACGGCCAUCGCUGGAUCUCCUGGAGGAACCGCUUCGGCAACGAGGUUGUCAUGGCGAAUGUGAACACGUACGCGUCGGUGGGGAAGGACCUCCACCCACCCAUCAUCACACGCUUCCUCCGCCUCAUCCCCGUCACAGACGUCGUGCACACCGUCUGUAUGCGCAUCGAGCUGUUCGGCUGCCUCUGGCAAGACGGGUUAACGGCGUACACCGCUCCUGAGGGCCACACCAUGAUGGCUCCUGGGUAUCCCAUCACCCCCCUGAACGACUCCACCUACGACGGAGUUCAGGAGCGCAGGAGGGUGCUGGGUGGUCUGGGUCAGCUGACGGACGGUGUGAUUGGUCUGGAUGAUUUCUCUCAGAUGCGUCCGCACAUGCCGUGGCCUGGUUACGAUUACGUGGGCUGGAGGAACGACUCUCUCGGACCCGGCUACAUCGAGAUGGAGUUUCAGUUUGAUAGGCAGAGGAACUUCACCUCCAUGAAGGUGCACAGCAACAACAUGUUCACGCGUGGCGUUAAGGUCUUCUCGUCCGUGUCGUGCGUGUUCAAGCCCCGCCUCAUCUCUCAGUGGGAGCGGGAGGAAGUGGAGUUUCGCACGGUUCUGGACGACCGGAACCCGAGCGCUCGGUACGUCACUGUGCCUCUGGAGCGGCGAGCGGCCACGGCCAUCCGCUGCAGAUUCUACUUCGCCGACACCUGGAUGAUGUUCAGCGAGAUCUCCUUCCAUUCUGCCACCAACCCGCUGCCCACGCUGAAACCUCCGGUGAUGACAUCACUGCCGUUCGAGAUGCAGAGCCGAGCCCCGACUACAGUUACAACAGCUACAGACACCAGCAUGGUAACGUCGAAGCCCCGCCCACCGGAAGAGAGCAACACGUCUGUUCUGAUUGGCUGUCUGGUCACCAUCAUCCUCCUGCUGGUGGUGAUCAUCUUCCUCAUUCUGUGGUGGCAGUAUGUGUGCAAAGUCCUGGAGAAGGGUCCGAGGCGUAUCCUGGAUGAGGAGGUGAUGGUGCAUUUGCCCUGCAGCAGUGACUCUCCUCAGUCGCCUCCUCUGGACUCUCUGGACUCUCCGUACGAGAGAGUGUUUCUGCUCGACACCCCCCACACACACACUCCUGAACGCACCGAGCUCAGAGCUAAAGCCUCGGACUGUGGUGGUUAUGCUGAGCCAGACAUCACCCAGUGUACCCAUCACACCCAUCACCAGAGUCUCCAGUCUAGCGUUCCUCACUACGCCGAGACCCUGAUUGUGAAGCUGCAGGGUGUUACCGGCGGCAACACGUACGCCAUCCCCGCCCUCACCGCAGACUCUCUGACACGUAAAGACAUCACCGCUGCCGAGUUUCCAAGGGAACGCCUCAUCUUUCGCGAAAAACUCGGGGAGGGGCAGUUUGGAGAGGUGCACCUGUGUGAGGCAGAGGGUCUGGUGGAGUUUUUAGAAGAGGACGCUCCUCCGUUAUCUGAUGACGAGAGCUCAGUGCUGGUGGCAGUGAAACAGCUCAGGGCCGACGCCACCACUAACGCCAGGAACGACUUCCUGAAGGAGAUAAAGAUCAUGUCGCGCCUGAACGACUCGAACAUCAUCCGCCUGCUGUGUGUGUGUGUGCACUCGGACCCCCUUUGCAUGGUGACGGAGUACAUGGAGAACGGAGACCUCAACAUGUUCCUCUCUCAGAGAGAGAUCGAGAGCACGCUCACCCAUGCCAACAACAUCCCCUCUGUCAGUAUGUCAGACCUGUUGCACAUGGCCGUUCAGAUUGCAUCGGGGAUGAAGUACCUGGCGUCUCUGAACUUUGUGCACCGGGACCUGGCCACGCGGAAUUGCCUCGUGGACCGACAGCUCACCAUCAAGAUCUCAGACUUCGGCAUGAGCAGGAACCUGUACAGCAGUGACUACUACAGAAUCCAGGGCCGAGCCGUGCUGCCUAUACGCUGGAUGGCCUGGGAGAGCAUCCUGCUGGGUAAGUUCACUACAGCGAGUGACGUGUGGGCAUUUGGUGUGACUCUGUGGGAAAUCUUCACUCUGUGUACGGAGCAGCCCUACAGUCUACUGACGGAUGAGCAGGUCAUUGAGAACAGCGGAGAGUUCUUCAGGAACCAGGGGAGACAGAUCUACCUAUCCCCUCCCCCGUUGUGCCCCGCCCCUCUAUAUGAGCUGAUGAUGCGUUGCUGGAGGCGUGACAUCAGAGACCGCUCCUCCUUCAACAGCCUGCACCAGGCCUUACGACUCCACUCUCCCCGCUCCUGACUGACAUACGCUUCAACCAAUCAGCUCGGAGUGUGAGCCUGAUCCAACCAGUCAAGCUCCGAGUGUGAGCCCGACCCAACCAAUCAGCUCCGAGUGUGAGCCCAACCCAACCAAUCAGCUCCGAGUGUGAGCCCGACCCAACCAAUCAGCUCCGAGUGUGAGCCCGACCCAACCAAUCAGCUCCGAGUGUGAGCCCGACCAAUCAAGCUCCGAGUAUGAGCCCGACCCAACCAAUUAAGCUCCGAGUGUGAGCCCGACCCAACCAAUCGGCUCCGAGUGUGAGCCCGACCCAACCAAUCGGCUCCGAGUGUGAGCCCGCACUCUUUCCCCUGAGGAGAACUAGAAACUGGACGGCUUUGAUGCGUAGCGGUGGAGGAAGAGAGAAUCAGAGAUGAUGAUGAUGAUGUCAUUUCGAGACGCUUUUCUGGGCUUCGGUUCUGGAGCACUGUUACCGUGGUUCUGUGCUAAUCAUAAUUUAGCAUCAGAGAGUGAAGAAGAGGCCUGUUGGGACUCCAGGGUGUGGCUCCAGUCCAUAGACACUUGAGAAGUUUUUUGUGUGUGUGUGUUGUCUAAAUUUUUUUAAUAGUUAUUUUCUUUUCCUGUCCUGGUGAUACGUUGUGUCUCUGAGCCUACUGUACGCUCAUGGCCUUAAAGACACCGUUCAGCCCAGAGUGAAGUGUACACAAGUGUAUUUUAAUACUCUGAUUAAGGUGUGAUGAGUUAGACCCGCGCUUUGGACAGGGCUAAACCGCCGGCUAUAGGCUUCCAUUACUUAUUAGCUACAUUAGCCUCAAAUGCCAUGUUCUGGCUGAUCAGACCAAACUGUGUACAUUUCAUUUUGGCUGAAAUGUUCCUUUAAGGAACCAACUGGAGGAGUGUGUGUGUGUGUGUGUCAGCUCUGUGGUCCCCCAUCGCUCAGCACUACUGCCUGUGUUCAUUGGUGUGGGUGGGUGUGUGUGUGUGUGUGUGUGUGUGUGUGUGUGUGUGUGUUCACUCCCUCCCCACACUGGAGUUAUGAAUGAAUCCUGACUAUAAUGUGGAUCGUUUAUUUUUUGUGUGUUUAUAGUUGUCUGUAUGUGAAUGUUCCAAAGGUUCUUCUGAGUGAGCAGAACUACUGUCACAGCUAAAUGAACAGAGAGCUUUCCUGAGAGAGAGAGAGAGAGAGAGAGAGAGAGAGAGAGAGAGAGAGAGAGACAGACUAUCUAGCUCUUCUUCACCCAUGCUGCAGUAUUGCAUUUGUCUCGUAGGUUGAGGGUGCCAAAACUUUCCCUGUGUACUGUCUCUGAUAUUAAAGACUUUAACGUGCACAGCACUCUGACAACUUUAUAGCACACCACGAGCACCUCCAGCAGUGCACUAUGGGUAAGGAGCCUUGUCCGAAGCUCCUGAGCAUCCCGGUCAGCUCUGAUAGAUCUCUAGGAUGUUGUGUAAGGCAAACAUGAACCCAAACAGGAGAAAGAGUACUCGAGUACCCGAGACCUGUGCGCUCUCGUUCUUUGCUAAAGGCACAUGACUCUGCAGAAGACGUGUACACAAUGUUGAAUUCCUCUGAGCAGCACAUCUGCCUUCUCUGGUCACGCAUAUUAUUAUAUUUAGCUUUCAGAAACUGUUCCUGUGUGCACGACGUCUCCUUCAUUCUGUCUCUGUUUUCAGUCUUUAGUGUGUUCGGCGUUUCUCCACUUCCUGCCACUAUGUGUGUGUGUGAUCUCUGUUAUAAAUGGAGUGUGUAUGGUUGUGGCGUGUACAUAAGCAGAACAGAUGUGUGUAAUAUAUAUACGGGGAUGAAGGAGGACAUGUUUGCAGCACAGCGUUUCUCUCCGAGCUUUUCUUCUGCUCCUGUUUUCUUCCUUUUCAUUAAAUAUCAGAUCUGACUCCA